CAACCUUCUACGUACGCUUGGAGCGCUGGUGCAUAGGUGUAUGCACUGUAUGGUUUAAGCGCAUCGUGUGAUAAGGGCUGUAAUUCAAAACACACAUCAGAUAGAACUGCUGCAAUGUAGUGUCUGCAUAAUAAGCUUAGCACAUUUCUAGAACAAUGGGGCAACGUGUGAACACGAGAGCGCAGAUGUAUACAGUGCACUCAUUCCACAAGUUUUGAGUGUGUGUGUUCGUUUAUAUGGGCCUGAGCUCCCGUGGUCGGUGCUAGCGCAAGAGGAAAGAGACAUCGUGUGGAAGUACGUUUACAGAGCUAUAUGAAAAUUUAAUUGUCAUUGAAAUGCAGUGAAUGAAGAUACAAGAAAUCAUAUAAGCGAAAUCCAAGUAAUGUGGUUCAUCUUCAGUGAUAUCACUCCGUGUCUUCAGCUGCUGAGAGGAAUCUGAUUUGAGUGGAUAGUAGUUAACAUGUCUAAACAUGGCAGAACGAGAAGUGGAUCCUAUAGUUUCUCGUGCAAUUCGAUUGAUGAUGUCUGGAACAAAGGAAAGCCAGGAACAGCUAAGGAUGAUGCUGGAGGAUGAAAUACGGAAGAGGACUGGAAAGAACAUGGGACAUCUCUUGCGUCCUGUGGAUUCAGUCCUCGAUGUUGCAGAUAGUAACACAAGAAAAAAGAAUCUUGAGAUAAGAACUGUAAGUUUACACAUUGAAGAAGCACCGAAAGACACACGUAUGAAUGAAGAAUUUGAUGAUGAAGACAAUGACUCUGAGAUCAACUUGGAGAUACUAGAAGAGGAUCUGACAUGUAUUGUCUGCAGAGGAAUGGAUGUGGCUCCUAGGAAUCGCCUCAUUGAAUGCACAGAGUGCCAUUCAUUAUACCAUCAAGAGUGCCACCAGCCACCUGUUGGUGAAGCUGAUAUGGAAGACCCAAGAUCAAUAUGGUACUGUACAGACUGCUUGAAAACAAUUAACAGAGCUGUGUCUAAGCCACACGCUUCACCAAAAUCAACUGUGAAAGACCCUGUCUCAACUGUGAAGCCUACAUUGAAAGCUGAAUCUGCACCACCAACUCUUGUAUUCAAAAGAACAGAAAAGCCUUUCCAGAUGCCAAUUAAUCAAGCAAACAGCAAAAGUGGCUCUCAAGGCAUUGUGGGAAUGGCUGGAUUAGCAACAAGUAUUCAGGCGGCCCAUCAUUCCAGUAAGCAGACAUAUGUUGGUGCAGGAGGAAAGCCUAGUCUGGUAUCUUCAUUUCCUCAAGGGGUCAAAACCUUUGGAGGUUCUCCUGUUUCUGCCUCAGCUUGUAUUUCCAAGCAAAUGACAGCACACUCUUCAUCUGGAACAACCUCUGAUUCUAAUAUUAAUUCCAUUACUACAAUGACAUCAACACCUACUGCUGUUCAUACAACUGGUGGUGGUGGUGGUGGUGGUGGUGGUGGUGGUGGUGGUGGUGCUGCUGCUGCCACUACUACUACAGCCUCUGCAACUGGAUCUUCAUCUAAAUCAUCUGUGGUACCCAAAAUAAAUGUUAUUUCUGCCGACAAAAGACUAGCAAAUAUGAAGAGGAAAGCUGCAAAACUGCAGGAGAAAAGGAAACAUUCAAAAUGAAAGUACUAUUGAUUAAUAUAAUAUUAAAUUGUUGACAAUGUAUAUGUAAUUAGCUUAUUUUUAUUGCAUAAUUGUCAAUAUUGGAACAAGUUACUUAUUCAGUUUUAUUUUCUCAUGAUAGUACAAUGCAGUUUGCUUAUUCAGCAGUCCACUGUGCUAAGACUGUUCAAUGUAUAGUUGCCACUUUUAAAAACAGAUAAGAUCAGACAGGAAUUCUUGUUAUUUUACUCCCAGCAAUGAAAUAAUUUGCAAGUGUGAAUCUUUAGCAGAAACUGAAUGUUGUUCUUUCUCUCUGUUUUACAGAAUAUUUUGAGUUUAUAUUUUUACAACCAGUGAGUAGAUUUCCAACCAGUGUACCAAAAUAAAUGUGUAAAAUAAAUAUUAAUAUCACUCUUUGAUGUAUGUUAUACCACUUGAUAUAUACCUUGCUUUUGAAUGUAUGACUAGUAGUAGUAUUGGAUUAGUAUGUAGGGCAUUCCACAGUUUAUAGACUGUUUGUAGUAACCUUGGAAAAUACCACUCUUUUUAACACUGAUAGAUUCGACAUAUUUGUUGCCGUAUUCUUGGUCUGUAAACCUGGCCUUUCUCUCAUCCAAUAAACAACAUUUGGUCUUGUGCACUACUCUAACUGUAUGAUAUCCAAGUGAAUUUUUAUCUGUAGUAGUGUAAUAUGUAACAUGUGGCCUCAUUUAAAAAUUAACAAGACAUUGGGGAAAAAUCAGGAAGUAAGUGCUUAAAAUGUAACCUAGUGUUAAUUUACGCUAGAAAAAUGAGAACAGGAGUUAUAUUGACUCUGAGAGAUAAGGCAUCUGUUAAGGAGUUAGUUCUGGUCAUUUCUAUCACAGUGCUCAAAAAAUUAAAAAAAUUGUGGCAACCAUUACACAGUUUUGAUGCACUGGUUGGAAACACAUUGAUUGUACAGAAAAAAUUAUCGUGUAAAACAGAGAGAGAGAGAGAGAAUAAUACUCAGUUUCUGCUAAAGAUUCACAGCCAAUUAAAUUAGAAACAUACUAGCAAGCAGAAUAGAGCACAAGAUUGUUUGCAAUUUACAAGAUGGAUAAAAAAGGAGGCAUAUCAAAUAUAUCAGUGUUAACAGUGUGGCAUUAUCAAGGUAAUUUCAAGCAGUCCAUAGACUACGCAAUUGUCUCAUAUUCCUUUAUCAUCUUAUACUUUUAAUCCAAUAACAUUACUAUUUACGUGUUCUCAAGCAAUUAAGUUUUGAGCUCUCAUACUUACCAGCUUUUGUCUCUGAUACACAUGUGUGCUGCUCUUUAAUGAAAUUGGUGUGAGCCUGUACCAGCACAAAUGGGUUUCUUUGGAAAGAGUGAGGUAAAUAUUUUUGUAAAUGAAGUAACAGGUAUCACAGGAAAUGCCUGAUGUUAUGCAAGGAGUAAAGUUGAGGCUGAUUUCAAGGUAUUUAAAAUGUCAUUUAAAUUAAAAGCAGAUUGUGCGAUUGAGUCCAUUUCUGCUCAUUGGGAGGACAGUUGUAGGGUUUAAAAAUCUCACUGAAAUGGAUAUCAUUAGAUAUGGUCUGCUCAUCCGAGAUUGUUGGUAGGAGCUUGGGUGGAAGCAUUUUCGGAAGAGUGACUGUAUUACAGUGGCUGUAGAUGUAUAUUAUUAACUACUAUUCUACAUCAAUGUAUGCAUUAUUAUUAUAUACCAUUGCAAAAACAAAUUUAAGCUGUAAUGGUGGUGGUAACAACAUAUAAAUUUACUACUUUUUUUACUCACCUGAAUUGGAAUCUUGUGUGAGAUGUUAACAAACAAAUAUACUGUUACAGAAUUA